AAUUCAAUAAUCUGUGACUGUUUUGAUUUUGAUUUUGAAUAGUUUUUGAAAACUAAAUGGAUUAAGUUUAGAUAAAAAGGUAUACAAAAUUUAAAUGCAAUGCAAUUAAGAUAUUAUAAAACAAAUAGCAUUACGAGUGCGUAUAAACCGAAUAUUGCUAACUUAAUAUAAUUCAUUUAAUGUAUAUUUGAGGUUAAGUUAUAUUAACAAUGUUUGCAAAAUACUUACUGGGAAGAAUAAAUCUCCGUAAACGAUGUUUACUUAUAAAGGAAAGUUCAUUUAUACGAAAAAGUAAUACGAAAAAUUGCAGUGGUAUUAGUUACAUAGUUCACAUAGAAUCAUUUAGUCGGUUGAAGAAAUAUAGAGUAGAGCCGGGGACAAAUUUAUUACAAACUUCUACAUAUUCUGUAUUAUUGCAACACAGGAAAUGGAUUUCCAAAGGUUUAAUAGAUGAUGUAUUUAAAGAUGAGAAGGAUCCAAAUAAAAAAGAUCUAGAAAAGACAAAUGACAUCUUUGCACAACCCAGGGUUACUUUAAAUGAGUUUGCAGCAAAGACUGGACAGAAGGUGUUUGACAUACAUUAUAAACAAAAUGUGGUUGCACCAAAGGGUGGUAAGAAGAAACCUGUACAAAAUGACUGGACCUGCACAUACACUUUUGUUUGGCCUGAGAAAGCAAAGUUUGAAAGUACAGCUGUAUCAAAACGUCAGGCAGCAGAAAAAGCGGCUACUCAAGCACUGCUAUGGCUAUACAAGAAAGAUAGGAUUGACUACAACGGUGCACCAGUACAUGACAAGAAUGCCAUACAAGAACUGUAUAGUACACUGAAUAAACCUGUACAUAUAAGUUUAAGUGAAAAUUCAGUGGAAAGAAUAAAAAAUAUAUGGAACGAUUAUGAGACAGACAUAAAAACAUUGUAUGAAGCCACUUUUAAAGAAGCAAAUCUGAAGUUAUUGAAUAUGAAAUCUGUAUCAGUGUUGAAAGAUUCAACAAUAGACGAUCAAGAUUUCACUGAUGAAGCUGUUGAAAAUGGUUCCAACAAAGAUGACGAUGAUUCAGAUGGCAAGUCGCAAAUUCAUCCUGUAUUCGGCAAACAUAUAACGCAAGUGUCGCCCUCUGCGUUAAUGCGGCGGGAGCGAAUGCUCAGAAACACGUUCGCGCAAUACGACGAAAAUCUAACGCCUCUGCCUAUAGAUCAAUACGCCGAACAGAUAAUCUCUACAUUAGAAAAGUCCCGAGUGGCAGUUAUAGUAGGCGCGGCAGGGUGUGGCAAGUCUACCCGCGUCCCUGCUGCAAUACUCCGUCACUAUGGAGUCAGCACUGCUGCCAUUGUCUCCGAACCGCGUAGGGUGGCUGCUAUUGGUCUAGCACAGAGAGUAGCUGACGAAUUGGGGGAACAUGUAGGAGAGUCCGUGGGUUACCAAGUGCGUCUACACGCGAAACCUCCCCGCCCGCCCGCCGGCGCCAUUUUGUAUUGCACUUCUGGUGUCCUGUUGCGGAGACUACAACUUAAUCCAGGUCUGGAUGGGUGCACUCAUGUCUUCAUAGACGAGGCUCACGAACGAGACGUGAACACUGACGUCACUCUACUGUUACUGAAGCGGGCGUUAGACAUCAACCCGAAUCUGAAGAUAGUUGUUAUGAGCGCUACCUUGGAUACCGCCGUGUUUACCAGAUAUUUCGAUCAAUGUCCCGUAGUAGAAGUGCCCGGUAGAACGUUCCCAGUCGACAUCACGCAUGUAGAAGACAUUCAGAAGAAAUUGAACGUUCGACUUCCCUCUACACUUGAGAAUUCUGCGAAAGAAGAUGGAAGGCCACAGAUUCAUUGUCAAGAGGUGGUAGAAGUAAUAAAAGCUGUGGACAAAAACCAACCAGAGGGAGCUAUUCUAGUCUUCCUACCAGGAUGGGCUGAAAUCAAGCAAACCAAGUUACUACUAGACGAAUGUUAUAGAAAUUCUGCUCUUCAUUUAGUGUUGCCAGUACAUUCCAGAUUAUCAACUACAGACCAAACUAAAAUGUUCUCGAAGCCGUCGCCCGGCGUACGCAAGAUAGUGUUGUCAACUAACAUCGCCGAGACCUCUAUCACAAUACCAGAUGUAGUCUAUGUCAUAGACAGCGGGGCCCAUAAAGAAAACAGAAUACGAGAAGGCACGGGAACUGCAAGUUUGGAAACAGUGUGGGUAUCACAAGCUGGCGCUAAGCAGAGAGCCGGCCGCGCGGGUCGUGUGCAACCAGGUAUCUGCUAUAAAAUGUAUACAAAAGAUAAGGAAAAUGAAUUCGCUCCGCACACUACACCAGAAAUAUUAAGGAUUCCAUUGGAGCAGACUGUAUUGGAUUGUAAGAUGUAUGCGCCCGAGGAUAAGGUAGAAAAUUUCUUGUCAGAACUACCGGAGCCGCCGAGCAAGCAAGCGAUACGGUUCGCCGUCAACGAUCUCAUAGAUUUGGGAGCCCUAACGUCCAGCGAGCGUUUAACACGCCUGGGCGUUUUGCUGUCCAGUAUGACGUUGCACCCGCGGUUGGGACGCUGCGUGCUGAACGCGGCGGUUGUCGGCGACGUGAUAGCCGUCGGCAACGUCGCAACGCACUGUUCCGACAACGUCGAGCUGUUUAGAAAUGCAGCCGAUAGGAGAGACGAGAUACGCGAAAUAAAACGCAAAUUCAGCGCCACGUCGGACCACGCGGCGUUGCAUUGGCUACAGGACGAGUUCGAGCAGCGGGCGGGGGAGCGCGGGGGGGAGGCGGAGCGGUGGUGCGAGCAGCACGGCCUCAGGAGAGAUAGACUCAGCUAUGUCAAGGCUAUCUCAAACCUGCAUUUGGAACAUCUCCUCAAGACCGGUGUCAUAGAGCAAAGUACUGAAGCAGAAGAACUGAACCGUUUCUCUGAGAUCGACGAGCUGACCGCUGCAGUACUGCUAUCUGGCUCCAACUCCUUGCUGAUCACCAAGAAAUAUGUGAAGACCAAGGGAAAACUGAUGACGGUCCAUGGUUUAUUUACCAGUAAGGGCGACAGAGCCCACAUAGGCAGCGAGAGCGUGAACUACGGUAUCACGAAGCGCUGCCAAAGCACGCAACUGUUGGCCUACUUCGGCGGCUAUCACUCCACGGAGCGGCGCGCGCUCGUCGUCCACAAGACGACGCUGAUACCAGCGCACACUGCUUUGCUGUUCUCUAUGGGACAGAUUACUAACGAGGUUGUGGUAUGUACCUUUGAGCCCAUGAACAAAAUAUUUAUUCAUAAACUACGGUAUAAGGAAGCAAGCCAGAGCACCCAACAGUUGGCCUACUUCGGCGGCUACCACUCCACGGAGCGCGCUCGUCGUCCACAAGACGACGCUGAUACGAGCGCACACUGCUUUGCUGUUCUCUAUGGGACAGAUUACUAACGAGGUUGUGGUAUGUACCUUUGAGCCCAUGAACAAAAUAUUUAUUCAUAAACUACAGUAUAAGGAAGCGAAGCACACAACUGUUGGCUUACUUCGGCGGCUAUCACUCCACGGAGCGGCACGCGCUCGUCGUCCACAAGACGACGCUGAUACCAGCGCACACUGCUUUUGCUGUUCUCUAUGGGACAGAUAACUAACGAGGUUGUGGUAUGUACCUUUGAGCCCAUGAACAAAAUAUUUAUUCAUAAACUACGGUAUAAGGAAGCAAGCCAGAGCACCCAACAGUUGGCCUACUUCGGCGGCUACCACUCCACGGAGCGCGCUCGUCGUCCACAAGACGACGCUGAUACGAGCGCACACUGCUUUGUUGUUCUCUAUGGGACAGAUUACUAACGAGGUUGUGGUAUGUACCUUUGAGCCCAUGAACAAAAUAUUUAUUCAUAAACUACAGUAUAAGGAAGCGAAGCACACAACUGUUAGCUUACUUCGGCGGCUAUCACUCCACGGAGCGGCACGCGCUCGUCGUCCACAUGACGACGCUGAUACCAGCGCACACUGCUUUGCUGUUCUCUAUGGGACAGAUUACUAACGAGGUUGUGGUAUGUACCUUUGAGCCCAUGAACAAAAUAUUUAUUCAUAAACUACAGUAUAAGGAAGCGAAGCACACAACUGUUGGCUUACUUCGGCGGCUAUCACUCCACGGAGCGGCACGCGCUCGUCGUCCACAAGACGACGCUGAUACCAGCGCACACUGCUUUGCUGUUCUCUAUGGGACAGAUUACUAACGAGGUUGUGGACGGAUCCAGCGGAGAACUCACAGAAAUACAUCUCCCAAGACACAGGCUCAAAAUUCAAGUACCCACUAGUCAUGCCGAACAAUUUCUACGAGCCAGAGAAAUGUUGUGGAAGACACUUCAAUAUUACAUAGAAAGGGAUCUCAGCGCGACAAAUUUCGAUGAUCUCACGAAAGUGUCUCGGUUCAAAAUACGACUAAUGAAAGCGCUUGGAAGAAUAUUAGUAGAAGCAACUGAUAAUAGUUCUGUACUAAAUAGCACUGAUACGAAUUUUAGAUAAUUUAAUAAAAUAUUUAAACAAUUA